UAGAGAAUCCCCGUAUAAGAAGUCAGAAAUCAUCAGCCGCCUCUUCUCCUUCUCCCCUCCUUAAACCUCAUCCAUUUUCCGCCGCAACCCCGAUUCCGAUUUCCUCCUCCACGGGUUUUCGUAACCUGUCGUGCCUCCUACAGCUUAAGGGUGAUGGCUGGAAAGUCGAACAAAUUGAGGAGCAGGAGAGCUUCACAGAGCUCCACCAAUUCCUCGGAGCUUAUUCCCCAAAAGGACACUGUAAGCGCUGUAGCCUCCACCGUUACUGACACCGGUGAACCUCCUAAGCCUGACGAUGAAAACUCUCAAUUGGGGAAUAGCGAUUCCCAGCCCAAGCAAGGUGAACUUCGCCUUUAUCCUGUUUCUGUUAAAGCACAAACUGGGGAGAGGCUUGAGCUACAACUGAAUCCUGGAGACUCAGUGAUGGAUAUAAGGCAGUUCCUUCUCGAUGCUCCAGAGACCUGUUAUUUCACAUGCUAUGACUUAUUGCUCCACACUAAGGAUGGUGAGACUCACCAUCUUGAGGACUACAAUGAGAUUUCUGAAGUAGCUGACAUCACCAGUGGUGGUUGCUCCUUGGAAAUGGUUGCGGCAUUAUAUGAUGAUAGAUCCAUCAGGGCUCAUGUUCACCGUGCAAGAGAUCUUCUGUCCCUUUCGACACUCCAAUCUUCCCUGUCAACAAUGCUUGCAUUGCAGUAUGACACAGCUCAGAACAAAGCUCAGAGUUCUGGAGAUAGCCCGAUAACUGAUGUCCCAGAGCUUGACUCUCUGGGUUUUAUGGAGGAUGUGCCCAGUUCUCUCAGUAAGUUAAUCAAUUCUCCGCUAAAAGAGAUCAAGUGUGUGGAGAGCAUUGUCUUCUCAUCAUUCAACCCUCCCCCAAGCCACAGAAGGCUUGUAGGAGACUUAAUUUAUUUGGAUGUGGUGACACUGGAGGGUAACAAGUAUUGUAUGACGGGAACCACAAAGACAUUUUAUGGUAACUCUAGCACGGGAAGUGUUCUUGAUCCCAGGCCUUGUAAAUCUGGGUUCGAAGCAACUACUCUUAUUGGAUUGUUGCAAAAAAUUAGUUCUAAGUUUAAGAAAGCUUUCCGAGAGGUAAUGGAGAGGAAAGCCUCUGCCCAUCCCUUUGAGAAUGUUCAAUCGCUUUUGCCACCAAACACAUGGCUAAGAUCAUAUCCUAUAUCGGAUCACAAGCGUGAUGCAGCAAGAGCAGAGGAAGCUCUUACACUUUCCUAUGGUAGUGAGCUGAUUGGUAUGCAAAGAGAUUGGAAUGAAGAAUUGCAAUCUUGCCGAGAAUUCCCUCAUACGAAUCCCCAAGAGAGAAUUUUACGGGACAGGGCUCUCUACAAAGUAUCCUCUGAUUUUGUGGAUGCAGCGAUUAAUGGUGCAAUUGGUGUAAUCAGCCGAUGUAUACCCCCCAUAAAUCCAACUGAUCCAGAGUGCUUGCACAUGUAUGUCCACAACAAUAUCUUCUUCAGUUUUGCUGUCGAUGCUGACAUUGAACAGCUAUCCAAGAAACGUUCAAAUAAUCUUUCAGUGACUGAGAAGUUAUCCUCAUCUGAAAAGGUUCUCUGGAAGGAGGGAACAUGUGAUGGAGGAGAUAAUGAAGAGAUCAGUAGUUGUGUGGAGACACAGUUGGGCGAAAAUGAGCAGGCGACGUAUGCCUCCGCAAACAAUGACUUGAAAGGCACCAAGUUAUAUCAAGAAGCUGAUGUCCCAGGGCUAUAUAACCUCGCAAUGGCCAUUAUUGACUAUAGAGGUCAUAGGGUGGUGGCUCAGAGUGUUUUACCUGGCAUCCUUCAAGGUGAUAAAUCAGAUGCUCUUUUGUAUGGAUCUGUCGAUAAUGGCAAGAAAAUUUGCUGGAAUGAAGAUUUUCAUGCCAAGGUGCUAGAGGCUGCAAAAGUUCUUCACAUAAAGGAGCAUACUGUUAUUGACGCAUCUGGAAAUGUCUUCAAAUUGGCUGCUCCGGUGGAGUGCAAGGGAAUUGUUGGGAGUGAUAAUAGACAUUAUCUCUUGGACUUGAUGAGAGCGACACCCCGUGAUGCUAAUUAUGUUGGCCCAGGGUCACGAUUUUGUGUCCUUAGACCAGAACUGAUUAGUUCCUUUUGCCAGACUGAAGCUGCAGAAAAAUCAAAAUGUAAAACCAAGGCUGAUGAAGUUUCAGAUGUUGGUGCUGAUUCGUCUGAAGUCGGUGUUAAUGAUUCAAUCGAUUCAGAGGGGAAUGGGGCUUUGGUUUGUGAUCAGGAAACUGCUGAACAAAGGCAAAAGGAUGCUGCCAAUGAUUCUGUACCUGCUGCUCCUAUUUCUUCUGAAAGUUCUGAAUCAUGUGAUCAAAUAACUUUCAAUCCUAAUGUGUUUACUGAGUUCAGGUUGGGUGGCAACCAAGAGGAGAUAACUUCUGAUGAAGAAAAUGUGAGAAAAGUUAGUUCAUACCUUGUGAAUGUGGUGCUUCCUAAAUUUAUACAAGAUCUUUGCACGCUUGAAGUUUCUCCUAUGGAUGGUCAGACUUUGACUGAAGCACUCCACGCUCAUGGAGUUAAUGUUCGUUACAUUGGAAAAGUUGCUAACGGGACUAAGCAUUUGCCUCAUUUGUGGGAUCUUUGUGUUAGUGAGAUUAUUGUCAGAUCUGCGAAGCACAUCCUCAAGGGUGUUCUAAGAGAUACUGAGGAUCAUGAUGUUGGACCUGCAAUCUCACAUUUUCUCAAUUGUUUCUUUGGCAACUGUCAAGCUGCUGCAAAUAGUUUGCAUGCCAAAAAUCAAAAGAAGGAUCAAUCCUUUGGUAAGAAAGGGCCAAACAGAGGGAAAGGAAAAGCUUAUGCGAAGAAAAGUUUUUCUUCUUAUAUGAUGGUCAGCUCUGACAUGCUGUGGUCUGAUAUUCAAGAAUUCGCCAAACACAAGUAUCAGUUUGAGUUGCCAGAGGAUUCAAGAAUUAGGGCGAAGACAAUAUCUGUUCUACGCAAUCUUUGCCAAAAGGUGGGCAUCAGUGUUGCUACACGCAAGUAUGAUUUCAGUGCGGCCUUGCCAUUUGAGACGUCAGAUAUCCUGGAUCUCCGACCAGUAGUAAAGCAUUCAGUCCCUGUAUGUUCUGAGGCCAAAGAUCUUGUCGAGAUGGGGAAGGUCCAACUGGCUGAGGGUAUGCUUAGUGAAUCCUACACGCUUUUUUCGGAGGCCUUUUCAAUACUUCAACAGGUAACUGGUCCAAUGCACAGGGAAGUUGCCAACUGCUGUAGGUAUCUUGCCAUGGUGUUGUACCAUGCUGGAGAUAUGGCUGGGGCCAUAAUGCAGCAGCACAAAGAACUGAUCAUCAAUGAGAACUGCCUUGGUUUGGACCAUCCUGAUACGGCUCACAGCUAUGGCAAUAUGGCUCUCUUCUACCAUGGACUUAAUCAGACUGAACUUGCUCUACGGCACAUGGGCCGAGCUUUGUUACUCCUUGGCCUUUCAUCUGGCCCUGACCAUCCAGAUGUUGCUGCAACAUUUAUAAAUGUUGCCAUGAUGUACCAGGACAUCGGGAAGAUGGACACAGCUCUCCGUUAUCUCCAAGAGGCCUUGAAGAAAAACGAGAGGCUUCUUGGCCCUGAACACAUUCAAACUGCUGUAUGCUAUCAUGCUCUUGCAAUUGCAUUUAAUUGUAUGGGGGCAUUUAAGCUUUCACAUCAGCAUGAGAAGAAAACGUAUGACAUACUUGUGAAACAACUGGGCGAAGAUGAUUCUAGGACUCGGGACUCUCUGAACUGGAUGAAGACAUUUAAGAUGCGGGAGCUUCAGAUGAAUGCACAAAAGCAGAAAGGACAGGCUGUAAAUGCAACCAAUGCUCAGAAGGCUAUUGAUCUCUUGAAGGCACAUCCAGACUUGAUACAUGCAUUCCAGGCUGCUGCUGCUGGGAACUCAAAUGCUCCUGCAAACAAAACACUCAAUGCAGCAGCUCUUCUUGGUGAGACUCUUCCUCGAGGUAGAGGUUUUGAUGAACGAGCAGCUCGAGCAGCAGCUGAAGUUAGGAAGAAAGCAGCUGCACGGGGGCUUAUGACUCGUCCCCAUGGUGUUCCAGUUCAAGCUAUGCCACCACUCUCGCAAUUGCUCAAUAUUAUCAACUCAGGGGUGACACCUGAUGUAGUAGACAACAGCGGAGAAAAUGGGGUUGCGAAGGCAGAUGUCAAUUCUUCUGAAAGUGAGCAAUCAAAUUUUAUACAAGGCAGUCAGGGGCCUGCAGGAUUAGGUGCUGGUUUAUCGUCUUUGGAUAGCAAGAAGCAAAAAGCCAAAAGUAAAGCUGCCGCUUGAAGCAUUGUGCUUGAGAUUAGUGCACUAUUAUAGCGCAGCUUUUGGAUAUGACUUCUGCUAAAUCAUUGCCUUAACAAGAGUUGUACGAUAAGACUAAUUUUCUUUUUUCUAAUCUUUCUUUUUUCUUUUUUUCGCUUUCUACCUUGUUUGAGCGUGCAUUAGCUUGUCGCCGGCCAAGAAUUUGGUUUGGCGUAGCCUUUUAAACAACUGUUUUUGGCACAAGGAUUUUGUGACAUUUAUGCCAGUGUUUUCGGGGAAUAUUCUCAUCUCAAUUGUAAAGAUAAGGCGUCUUAUCACCGCAAUAAAGUUGGGUUUUUGUAUUA